AUGAACGAUCCGGGAAAUUAUUACUCUUCUAGAGGAGAAUCGUCGUUUGGAUUAGUAUUUCCUACUCCCGACAUUAACUCUUUUCAAGAAACAACAGAACUUUCGACUUCCGCUGGAGGACCAGUUAGACAUAACAGAACACGUAAUCACUCAAUAACGCCUUAUACUAGAGUUAUUGCAGACCCCGUUAGUAUAAGUUCUCAACAAAAUCAACAAAACAAAAAUAUUACACAAACUCAAUUGGUUCAAAGACAAGAAAGUGUUUCAGUAGAUUCAGGGUUAACUGAAGAAGAAAAAACCCUUUUAAAGAGAAAGUAUCUACCUUUAAGAAAGGUUCGAUUAUUCGAUAGACGGUAUAAAUGUCCUUCUUUACGACAAAUGGGCGAAAUCCCUCGUCCAAGAUCUAAUCACAUUUCAGCAAGAGAAGAAGACCUUCGUUACCCAUGGGAAAGGGAUGAAGAUGGAAUGUAUGAUUAUGAUGAUAAUAAUCGGAAGGAAAAAAAAUGGUUAUUGAAUAUACCACCAGAUUGGUAUAAACCAUUUAAAGAAAAAGGAAAAGAAACCUUAAAGCAUCCAUCAUCAUCAUCAUUAUUGCCACCUCCACCACCACGACCUCUUAAAAAGUUUAAAACAAAUCUCGUUCCUGAAUCACAUUGUACUUCGCAGCCUUUUUUCACGAAUACAAUUCCAUCAACAGUUCCAUCAUUAGUUCCAAAAUCGGUUCCAUCAUUAGUUCCAUCAUUAGUUCCAACGUCGGUUCCAUUAUUAGCUCCAUCAUUAGUUCCUACGUCGGUUCCAUCAUUAGUUCCAACGUCGGUUCCAACAUUUGUUCCAACAUCGGUUCCAACAUCGUUUACAUCAUUUGUUCCAUCAUCGGUUCCAUCAUUAGUUGCAACAAAUGUUGGAAUAAAUGCUAAAGCAAAUGAUGUAACUAAUAAAACCAAUGUUGGAAUUAAUGGUUCAACAUCGGUUCCAACACUUUUUUCAACAUCAUUUCCAACAUCAAUUCCAACACCGGUUCCAACAUCGGUUCCAACAUCGGUUCCAACAUCAGUUCCAACAUCUUUUCAAACAUCGUUUCCAAAAUCAUUUUUCAGCGUUGAGCAGAAUACUUCAAUUACUUUUAAUUCAACAUCAAUACCAACUACUAUCAAAGCAAUCGGUGAUCAAAUGAAAACUUCACCUUCUUUCUUUACCAAUACUACAAAGCCUUCUCCUUUUUUCCUUGGCAGCACAUCUACUAGCACAUCUACUAGCAUUUCUAGCAUUUCCAAGAUUAAUCCCCCCAAAUCUGUUGAUACCGAGGGCAAAAAAGAUGAGUCAUCUACAACUUUAACUUUAGAACUUCCUAAAUUACAGGAGGUGGAAGCCAAGGAAGUAGAAUCAAAGGAGGGAAAAGAAGAGAAAAAUGAAGAAAACAAAGAGAAGGAGGAAAAAGAGGAAAACAAGGAAAAAGAGGAAAACAAGGAAAAAGAGGAAAACAAGGAAAAGGAGGAAAACAAGGAAAAAGAGGAAAAGAAGGAAAAAGAGAAAAAUGAAGAAGCGGCUAAAUCAGAAUCAAAAAAUGAACAGAUUUUAUUUGAACCAAAGAAGAAUGAAAUUAUAUCACUUGAAAAACCACCUGAAAAAUUACCUGCACUAAAAAUAAAUAUUGGUGUUAGUAGUUCUAGUCCAGUACCUCCUUCAAUGAGUCCACCAUCCGACUGUCUUAUGGAUAUAGAUAAUAAUGCUCAAGAUUCUAUUCCAUCUUUUAAUACACCAAUCUUUGGUCAAAGUUUCCAAGAUAAUCUUGGGAAAACUUCUACCCCGAUUUUUAGUAAUUCUGCUACACCUAUAUUUAAUAUGGGAGCGAUAAAUACAACAAGUUCAACAAAUGCAACAACGGAAUUAUCAUCAUCAAUUUAUAAUAAAUCUCGAACAUCAACAACGAAUACAGGUAUUCGUAAUAGUAGUACUAGUAAACAAAAAGGUAAACGUAGUUUCGAAUCAAGUAGUUUUGAAGGAGGACGUAAAAUGUUAAGAUUACCUAGGACACCUUCACAACUUUCAGAUAUACAAACUGGUGGUGUUGGGGAUGGACAAGAUAAUCGAAUGUUGAUGACUCGUGAAGGUUCUUUCACUUUUGAAAUGAAAAGAGAGGAAUCUACUAUUUCUUUACCAUCGUUAUCGACCACCGGACAAAUGUUCAAAUUUGAUAAUAUGAAUCCAUUUCAA